UGUGCUGUUGGUUUGGUUUAGGGCCGCUCUGCUGCUCGGGAGGAGGAGGAGGAAAGCCCAGGCUGGCUCUGGUUGUGAUGCCGCUGGAUGAUGGCUGCUUUCGGGAUAUUAAGUUACGAACACCGGCCUUUAAAGCGGCCCAGACUCGGCCCUCCAGAUGUAUACCCACAAGAUCCAAAGCAAAAAGAGGAUGAAUUAACUGCCCUGAAUGUGAAGCAAGGAUUUAAUAACCAACCUGCAGUGUCAGGGGAUGAACAUGGAAGUGCAAAAAAUGUCAAUUUCAACCCCUCCAAGAUCAGUUCCAACUUCAGCAGUAUCAUUGCGGAAAAGUUGCGCUACAAUACGUUCCCAGACACAGGGAAACGCAAACCACAGGUCAACCAAAAGGAUAAUUUUUGGCCCCUCACUGCUAGGUCACAGAGCUCUAUCAAUAAUUGGUUUACAGACUUAGCAGGAACUAAACCUCUGACACAACUGGCUAAGAAGGUCCCAACUUUCAGCAAAAAGGAAGAGGUUUUUGGAUACUUGGCUAAGUAUUCAGUCCCUGUUAUGCGAUCUGCCUGGAUGAUAAAAAUGACAUGUGCUUAUCAUGCAGCCAUCACUGAAACAAAAGUUAAGAAAAGGCAUGUGAUUGACCCUUGUAUAGAAUGGACACAGAUCAUUACCAAGUACCUAUGGGAACAGCUGCAGAAAGUGGCUGAGUUCUACAGGCAGUUUCCCAAUCAAGGCUGUAGCUCACCUCUGCCAGCCCCACCUCCUGAUGUGGAGCAAGCCAUGAAACAGUGGGAAUACAAUGAAAAACUUGCCAUGUUUAUGUUUCAAGAUGGCAUGCUAGACAGACAUGAGUUUUUGACAUGGGUGCUGGAAUGCUUUGAAAAGGUGCGACCAGGUGAAGAUGAACUGCUCCGACUCCUAUUGCCUCUUUUACUACAGUACUCAGGGGAAUUCGUCCAGUCAGCUUACUUGUCACGAAGACUGGCAUAUUUCUGCACACGGCGCCUCAACCUGUUGCUUAGCGACGGGAGCUCUGGCACAGGAGGACAUCCAGCUCAUGGCAUUUUGACACAGCAAGGGAACGCCCUGCCCCCCACCCCGACAUCCCAGCCCGCAGGAGGGAGCCAGGCCCAGACACCAUUUACAGACUUUUACAACUGCCCUCUGCACAGGCCUCUGGUUUUUGGGCUCAGUUGUAUGUUACAGAGUAUAGCACUGUGUUGUCCCAGUGCUCUUGUGUGGCACUAUUCGCUGACAGAUAGCCGAAACAAGACUGGUUCUCCUUUGGACCUUCUGCCUAUUGCCCCAUCCAGCCUGCCAAUGCCAGGGGGCAACACCACAUUCACCCAGCAGGUCCGGUCCAAACUGAGAGAAAUUGAGGAACAGAUCAAAGAAAGAGGCCAGGCAGUGGAGUUCAGGUGGUCUUUUGAUAAAUGCCAAGAGACUACAGCAGGUUUCACAAUUGGGAGAGUUCUUCACACCCUUGAGGUUUUGGACAACCACAGUUUUGAAAAGUCAGACUUUAGCAACUCUUUAGACUCCCUUUACAAUCGGAUAUUUGGGUCUGGGCAGAGCAAAGAUGGUCAUGAGAUGUCCCCAGAUGAUGAUGCUGUGGUGACUUUACUUUGUGAAUGGGCCGUUUGUUGUAAACGCUCAGGCAGACACAGGGCCAUGGUGGUUGCGAAGCUGCUGGAAAAAAGACAAGCUGAAAUAGAAGCAGAGAGGUGUGGUGAGUCCGAGGUGGUGGACGAGAAAGGCUCUGUGUCCUCUGGCUCGCUCUCCGCUGCCACACUACCAGUCUUUCAAGAUGUGCUGCUCCAGUUUCUAGACACUCAAGCUCCCACUCUGAGUGAGCCUGGCAAUGAAAGCGAACGAGUGGAGUUCUCGAACCUGGUCCUGCUCUUCUACGAGCUCAUCCGCCACGAUGUCUUCUCUCACAACAUCUACAUGUGUACUCUCAUCUCCCGUGGCGACCUGGCCUUGGACGCCCACAUGCCCCGCCCCCGUUCCCCCAGUGACGAGCCCUUGGAUGAGUCAGAGCGCAAGGAGCAGGAUGCCAACAGCAGUGUCAAAAUGGAGGACACUGGCCAUUCUGAGUCCAUGGAAAUUGAUCACAACUCUAGUGCUAACUUUGACGAGAUGUUCUCUCCUACCAUGCACUGUGAGUCUAAGGGCAGUCCAUCUCCUGAGAAACCCACUCCAGAUCAAGACAGCAAGGCAGGGAUCAAAGACAAGAGUCUGGACCCGGCCUUCCCUCAACUGUAUGAGCAACCGCGCCACAUUCAAUAUGCCACACACUUCCCGAUUCCUCAGGAGGAGAGUGCCAGCCAUGAGUGCAACCAGCGGUUAGUGGUCCUUUAUGGAGUUGGCAAACAAAGAGAUGAGGCAAGACACACCAUCAAGAAAAUAACCAAAGAUAUCUUGAAGGUCUUAAAUCGCAAAAGCACUGCAGAAACAGGAGGUGAGGAAGGGCAAAAGAGGAAGAGGAGUAAGCCUGAGGCCUUUCCUACAGCUGAGGAUAUCUUCUCCAAAUUCCAGCAUCUCUCCCACUUUGACCAGCACCAGGUCACCUCCCAGGUGUUCAAAAAUGCAUUUGAACAGAUCACCAGCUUUGCCUCAGGGAUGUCCUAUCACCUGCCUCUUGUCCAGCACAUUCAGUUCAUCUUUGACCUCAUGGAGUACUCCCUCAACAUUAGUGGCCUCAUAGACUAUGCUAUUCAGAUUUUAAAUGAGUUAAGUUUGGUGGAAGCAGAGCUGAUCCUCAAGUCGUCUAGUCUGGUGGGCAGCUACACCAUCAACCUCUGUCUGUGCAUUGUAGCUGUCCUCAGAAGGUACCACUCCUGUCUCAUUCUCAACCCAGAGCAGGCAGCAACAGUCUUUGAUGGAUUACGCAUUGUGGUCAAAUCUGGAGUGAAUCCAGCAGACUGUUCCUCAGCUGAGCGCUGCAUCUUGGCCUAUUUGUAUGACCUCUACACUUCCUGUAGUCACCUUAAGAGCAAGUUUGGGGAGAUUUUCAGUGAGUUUUGUUCCAGAGUGAAGAACUCCAUUUACUGCAACAUUGAUCCAUCUGACUCAAAUAUGCUGUGGGACCAAUUAUUCAUGGUGGAGGCCAUUGCCAAUCCCUUGGCUCACAAUUUUAAUCACUCAAUGGUGGGCAAGAUUCUCAAUGACAGCCCCGCCAACCGCUACAGCUUUGUGUGUAACGUUCUUAUGGUUGUGUGCAUGGAUCACAGAGAUCCUGAGAGGGUCAAUGAUAUCGGGAUCCUCUGUGCAGAACUAACAGCAUAUUGUCGUUCACUGAGUGCCGAAUGGCUUGGUGUUCUUAAGGCUCUGUGCUGCUCCUCCAACAAUGGCAACUGUGGAUUCAAUGAUUUGCUCUGUAAUGCAGAUGUUAGCGAUUUGUCAUUCCAUGACUCUCUGGCGACCUUUGUAGCCAUCCUGAUUGCUAGACAGUGCUUACUUCUUGAAGACCUGGUUCGCUGUGUUGCUAUUCCUUCCCUCCUCAAUGCAGCUUGUAGUGAACAAGAUUCUGAGCCAGGAGCAAGACUCACCUGCCGAAUUCUUCUGCACCUGUUUAAAACCCCCCAACGUAACCCAGUCCCCCAAGAUGGCAUCAAAUCUGAUAAUUCUUCUGUAGGUAUCAGGUCUUCAUGUGAUAGACACCUCCUUGCUGCUUCUCAGAACAGCAUAGUGGUUGGAGCAGUGUUUGCUGUGUUGAAAGCCGUGUUUAUGCUUGGUGAUGCAGAACUAAGAGGCUCUUCACUCUCUCAUAACACUGGCCUUGAUGACAUAUCAGAGGGUUGUAAUGUCUCUAUUGAAACUGCCAGUCUAGAUGUGUAUGCUAAAUAUGUUCUGAAGACCAUUUGUCAGCAGGAAUGGGUUGGAGAGCGCUGUUUGAAGUCCCUUUCAGAGGAUAGCAGUGCCCUACAGGACCCAGUUCUUGUAAACAUCCAAGCCCAGAGGCUACUGCAGCUCAUCUGUUACCCCCAUCGCCAGCUGGACAGCGAUGAUGGAGACAACCCUCAGAGACAGCGCAUCAAACGAAUCCUCCAGAACAUGGACCAAUGGACAAUGAGGCAGUCAUCUCUUGAGUUACAGCUGAUGAUUAAACAGAGUUCCAACAAUGAGCUAUAUUCACUGUUGGAGAAUAUUGCUAAGGCCACUAUAGAAGUUUUUCAAAAAUCAGCUGAGAUGAACUCCAGUAACCCCUCAGGGAAUGGAGCAGCUGCACAAGGCGGUUCUUCUUCCAGCACCAGUAGCACUACAAGCAAGAUGAAACCUAUUCUCAGCUCAUCGGAGCGGUCUGGCGUGUGGCUUGUGGCCCCACUGAUAGCCAAACUCCCCACUACAGUUCAAGGCCAUGUACUUAAAGCAGCAGGGGAAGAACUGGAGAAGGGACAGCACCUGGGCUCUUCCUCGCGUAAAGAGCGUGAUAGGCAGAAGCAGAAGAGUAUGUCUCUGUUGAGCCAGCAGCCCUUCCUGUCAUUGGUGCUGACCUGUUUAAAGGGUCAGGAUGAACAAAGGGAGGGUCUGCUGACCUCACUCUACAGCCAGGUGCAGCAGAUCGUCACCAACUGGAGAGAGGACCAGUACCAGGAUGACUGCAAGGCCAAGCAGAUGAUGCACGAGGCACUCAAACUACGGCUUAAUCUUGUGGGUGGCAUGUUUGACACGGUGCAGCGUAGCACCCAGCAGACGACUGAGUGGGCGGUUCUACUCCUUGACAUCAUCAGCAGUGGCACAGUGGAUAUGCAGUCGAAUAAUGAACUCUUCACAACAGUGUUGGACAUGUUGAGUGUGCUUAUAAAUGGUACACUGGCUGCUGAUAUGUCUAGUAUCUCACAGGGAAGCAUGGAGGAGAAUAAGAGAGCUUAUAUGAAUCUGGUCAAAAAGCUCAGGAAAGAGCUUGGAGAUCGACAAUCUGAAAGUUUGGAAAAAGUUCGUCAGCUUUUGCCACUGCCUAAGCAAACACGUGACGUCAUAACCUGUGAACCUCAGGGCUCUCUUAUCGACACCAAGGGAAACAAAAUAGCUGGUUUUGAAAAGGAGGGUCUUCAAGUUUCUACAAAACAAAAGAUUUCUCCUUGGGAUGUCUUUGAAGGGCUCAAACACUCUGCUCCCCUCUCCUGGGGGUGGUUUGGUACUGUGCGUGUAGAUCGUAAAGUCACUAAGUUUGAAGAGCAGCAGCGUUUGUUGCUCUACCACACUCACUUGAAACCAAAACCACGGAGCUACUACUUGGAGCCCCUCCCUCUUCCUCCAGAGGAGGAGGAACCUCUGACUCCUGUCUCCCAAGAGCCUGAUAAGAAAAUGAUGGAGGCAGGGAAAUCUGAAAAGAAUGUUCCAAAUGUCACUUCUGAUUCCAGUAAAAGGAAGGUAAAUAAGAAAAAGAAGCCUCCUUCAACCAAGACUGAGGACUAUGUGAACCGCACUCCCGGUGGUGUCCCCUAUGGAACAAGUAUGCCCACAGACAUAAUGCAAUCUCCAUAUGGCAGAAUGCCUUAUGCUCAGCAGAGCAUGGGCAUAUACACUCAGAACCAGCCUCUGCCUCCAGGUGGUCCUGGCCUAGAUCCUCCAUAUAGACCACCACGUAAUCCUCAGAUGAACAAGAUGAUGCCCACACGGCCCAGUUACCAAGGCAUGAUGUCCGGUAUGCAGCCAAACAUGCCCAGCAUGAUGGGAAUGGACAAGCAAUAUUCUAUGGGAUAUAAGCCUCAGCCCAGUGGGCCACAGCUGCUGAGGGCCCAGCUACAGGUCAGACUGAAUCACAACGUGAUGGGUCAGAUGAGGCAGAUCAAUCCUAACCAACAAUAUGGUUCAAUGCAAGCAAAUCAGAACAUAUCCCAGGGCUACACCUCAUAUGGAACGCACAUGGGGAUGCAGCAACAUCCUCCUCAAGGUAGUGGGAUGGUCCCUUCUUCUUAUGGAAACCAGAACUUCCAGGGAAGUCAUCCUGGAGCCAACCCACCCAUGGUAGAUCCCCUCCGGCAAAUGCAACCACGGCCCAGUGGUUAUGUGCACCAGCAGGCACCCAACUAUACCCAUAACAUCCAGAGGUUUAGUCAUCAACCAAUGCAGCAGAAUCCUAUCAUGCAUGGCCUUGCUCACAUGGGAGCCCAGGGUGUCCAUCCCAACAUUAGGCCAUCUAAUCAGAUGCUCGCAGAACAACAGCAGCAGCAGCAACAGCAACAAGCAGCAGCUGCACAGCAGCAGCAGUACCUCAGACAGCAAGCACUCAGACAGCAGGCCCAGCAAGCGCAGCAGCAGCAGCAGCAGCAGCAGCAGCAGCAGCAGCAACAGCAGCAGCAGCAGCAGCAACGGCAGCAGGUGCAACCGCAGCAGGUCGCUCCCCAGCAGCAGGUCCCACAGCAACAGCAGGUGUCUGCAGUGCCCCCUCCUGGUCAGGCACCAAACCAGGGCCUGGGCAUGCAACCCUUGUUUCAGAGACAAGGAAUGCAACAGACUCAACAGCAGCAACAGACAGCUGAGUUGGUCAGGCAGUUACAGCAGCAGCUUUCUAAUUCACAACCUGGGCAGAGCAACAAUUCUUAUCAUGCAUAUUAAACAGCAGACAGGAGUGGUCAUACUAGUAACUGUGGAUGAAGACAGAUGGUAUUAAAUCGAUCGAAUAAUACAGUUUUGACCAGUGGUAUCAGCAAGUUUGUGAUUAUCAAUUUCUUUGGAAGGAUUCAUUUAGCUUUGAAUUAAAUGGAUAAUGGCUAAUAUUGGAGAACCUAUGUAAAAAAAAAAAAAUCUAGAAAUUAUAAGAAUAAUUCAUUUUUAUUUUAUUUCAAUUUGUAAAUUUUUUUUUUUUUCAGUUUUGUGUAUUUCUCAUUAAAUAAUCAUGCCAGUUUUUA